UCGUGAUUGGUCCUAAAUCCGUAUCCGGUGGGGCAGCGGUUCAAGGAUUUGGAAAAGUCGAAGGGAGAAAUUUGGUACGCUUGUGGAAAUAACAUCCAAAACCGAGUCAGUGACGAAGGGCUCGGUAAGAAUUCGCGGGUUCUUGUAAGUAUUUACAUGCUUCGUCGUUGAAAAUUGAUAUCCUUGCAAUUGCCGGAUAUGUAGCCUCCGCCUCGUAUUUGUUUAUGAUAGAGCUCAAGAUGGCGUCAUUGCCAAGAGGGCUUUGCAGGCCUAAAUGCCAACUAGUUAGCUAGAUUUGAUAUCAAUCAAUACAGUUUGAGCAAGCUAGCUUCGUCAUUUAGUAUGUUUAAGUUAACUAACUAGCUAACGUACCAGUAAUCUGCGACCAAACAGCGAUGUGACGUGUACUAACUCUAGUACCUAGCUAACUACGUAUUAAAGGCCUAACUUAGCUAACUAGCUAGGUCUCGAGUGCUGUCAUCUGUUAUGCUCCCUGUUGUAUUUGAAGGCAAUAGCUAAUAUCAUAGCUAGCUAACUAGCAUUAUAGCCAACCAGUAUUUGCUUUAUAAUUGACCCUUCCAGCUGGUAAACGUUACUGCUCCAAUCAACGGUUUGGAAGUAAGGCCUUUUUUCUUUUCUUUUUGACAUCUCUCAUAAUAUUACAGGAGAAAGUUCACAAGCAGUAAACGCCAGAGCAAUAAGCAUCACUAGAUAACAGGAAAUUCAAGAACCGUCUGAAAACCUAUUCAACAUUAGCUCGGCUAGAUAUUUAGUUUAUUAAUGCUUGAUGUAAAUGGUUGUUUCUAUAAUUUUUAUCUUCAUUUUUUUCACCUUUAUUUAACCAGGUAGGCAAGUUGAGAACAAGUUCUAAUUUAUAAUUGUGACCUCAUGAUCUGCCUUAGAGUGAUGCGACUGAACCGUAUGAACAGUACAAUGUAACCCUUUGGUGGAGGACUUAUCUUUACCAAUGCAAUAAAUCCUCUCUUUAGUAGUAAAGCAGCAUGGCGUGCUAGCUAUCUGGCUCUGUCUUUGAUAAUCUACUUUGUUAGAAUAGGAAUGACAUGGUGCUAUUUACUGUUUAUGAUAUACAGUAAUCCCGACCUCUGCAUUAUGAAACUUGAUAAAUGUCAGAUGACAUCAAGCAAGGAUACAGUGGGUUUACCACACCAUCAUAUGACCGCAUUUCCAUCAAGCAUCCCUGCAACACCUCUCUUCACUUUAUUUCUGUCUCACAUGCGCCCUCAUUUUAGAAGACAAUAACAACCACAUUAGAAGAGCAUUGUUACUCUUUCAGAAAAUGACAGAAGUAACCAUCCAAGUUGUCUCUCCAUCUCUAGUUCAAAGGUCAGAGUUUGUUUACCAGGUUGUAGCGGAGCAGGAGCACAUCGUGAUGGCGUCGAGCAGUACGAGCAGUGAGGAGGAGAGGAGUCUGAGGGAGUGUGAGCUCUACGUGCAGAAACACAACAUCCAGCAGCUGCUGAAGGACUGCAUCGUCCAGCUGUGUACCUCCAGGCCUGACAGACCCAUGGCAUUCCUCAGAGAGUACUUUGAGAGGCUGGAGAAGGAGGAGGCCAAGCAGAUCCUAAACCAGCAGAAGGCCAGCAGCCGUUCUGACUCCAGGGAUGAGGAGGUGUCUCCUCCCAUGAACCCCGUUGUCAAAGGUCGCCGGCGGAGAGGAGCCAUCAGCGCUGAGGUCUACACAGAGGAGGACGCUGCAUCCUAUGUCAGAAAGGUCAUUCCUAAAGACUACAAAACAAUGGCUGCCCUGGCUAAAGCUAUCGAAAAGAAUGUGCUAUUCUCUCACUUGGAUGACAACGAGAGGAGUGACAUAUUUGAUGCCAUGUUUUCAGUUACCUACAUCGCUGGAGAGACUAUCAUUAUGCAAGGUGAUGAGGGGGAUAAUUUCUACGUCAUCGACCAAGGAGAGACGGAUGUGUAUGUCAACAAUGAGUGGGUGACCAAUAUCGGGGAGGGGGGCAGCUUUGGAGAGUUGGCCUUGAUCUACGGGACCCCCAGGGCUGCCACCGUCCGAGCCAAGACCAACGUUAAACUGUGGGGCAUUGACAGAGACAGCUACAGGAGGAUACUCAUGGGCAGCACUUUGAGGAAGAGGAAGAUGUAUGAGGAAUUCCUCAGCAAAGUCUCCAUCUUAGAGUCUCUGGACAAAUGGGAGCGUCUGACGGUGGCUGACUCUCUGGAGCCGGUGCAGUUUGAUGAUGGACAGAAGAUUGUGGUGCAGGGAGAGCCUGGCGACGAGUUCUUCAUCAUACUGGAGGGUUCUGCAGCUGUAUUGCAGCGUCGCUCUGAGAACGAGGAGUUUGUGGAAGUUGGGAGGUUACAACCGUCUGACUACUUUGGUGAGAUUGCCCUGCUGAUGAACCGUCCCCGUGCUGCCACUGUGGUCGCCCGCGGUCCUCUGAAGUGUGUGAAGCUGGACCGACCGCGGUUCGAGCGUGUCCUGGGACCCUGCUCGGACAUUCUCAAACGCAACAUCCAACAGUACAACAGCUUCGUGUCACUGUCUGUCUGAGGGGUUUCCCCACCCCCUGUACCCCCUAAUCCCCACCCCCUGUACCCCCUAAUCCCCUUUGUAACCCCAGAACACCCCCUGUACCCACUAAUCCCCUUUGUAACCCCAGAACACCCCCUGUACCCCCUAAUCCCCUUUGUAACCCCAUAACACACCCUGUACCCCCUAAUCCUCUUUGUAACCCCAUUACACCCCCUGUACCCCCUAAUCCCCUUUGUAACCCCAUAACACACCCUGUGCCCUCUAAUCCUCUUUGUAACCCCAUAACACACCCUGUACCCCCUAAUCCCCUUUGUAACCCCAGAACACACCCUACCCCACCCCCUAAUCCCCAAUGUAACCCCAUUACACACCCACUCCCUGUACCCUCUAAUCCCCAAUGUAACCCCAAAACGCAUCCCCUACCCCUGUACCCACCCUCUAAUCCCCUAUGUAAUCCCAUAACGCAUCCUGUACCCCUGUACCCACCCCCUAAUCCCAUAUGUAACCCCAUAACGCAUCCCCUACCCCUGUACCCACCCCCUAAUCCCCCAUGUGACCCCAUAACGCAUCCUGUACCCAUCCCCUAUGUAACCCCAUAACGCCUCCUGUACCCAUCCCCUAUGUAACCCCAUAACACACCCACUCCCUGUACCCUCUAGUACCCACCCCCUAAUCCCCUAUGUAACCCCAUAACGCAUCCUGUACCCCUGUACCCACCCCCUAAUCCCCUAUGUAACCCCAUAACCCAUCCCCUAUGUAACCCCAUAACGCCUCCUGUACCCACCCCCUAAUCCCCUAUGUAACCCCAUAACGCCUCCUGUACCCAUCCCCUAUGUAACCCCAUAACGCCUCCUGUACCCAUCCCCUAAUCCCCUAUGUAACCCCAUAACGCCUCCUGUACCCAUCCCCUAUGUAACCCCAUAACGCCUCCUGUACCUAUCUCCUAUGUAACCCCAUAACGCCUCCUGUACCCACCCCCUAUGUAACCCCAUAACGCCUCCUGUACCCAUCCCCUAUGUAACCCCAUAACGCCUCCUGUACCCACCCCCUAUGUAACCCCAUAACGCCUCCUGUACCCACCCCCUAUGUAACCCCAUAACGCCUCCUGUACCCACCCCCUAUGUAACCCCAUAACGCCUCCUGUACCCACCCCCUAAUCCCUGAUGUAACCCCAUAACGCCUGUUUUAGAACCAGGGUCCACCAAAGCAAUUUUGCUUCAAUGUCACUUAAAAUUAUCUUCCAUUUGCUUAGCUUUUUUUUUUUUUACUCAUCUAAAUGUUAUGCUGCCCAUCACCUAGCUAUCAUAGUCACCUAUAGGAGCACAGUUAUGUUACAGUUUAAAUGUACCAAAUUCAUAUGGUAUGCUUUCACUGCAUUCACUGAAUCUAGAGUUGUUUUCCUAUAGUUUAAACACGAGCAGUGAUUAGUAGGGGAUUGGCCGAGGUUAGGACAGGCCAAUGAUCAGAUGGGACAAUCAAACGUAACAUGGUGAAGUAAGCGUCCAUGCUGAAUAUUGUUCAGAUAUUUUUAACUAGUUCAGUUCCAAUAAAAAUGUGUCAAUGUUGACAUCCUUACAAAAUAAUUCAUAAAAUUGUACUUUUUAGAAUUACAAGAAUGCUGGGAGCAUAAUGAUUGCAUCUAAUUACUUAUGUAGCUUUCAUCCAGUGAUAACCAAUGGUUAUCCUCCAUUGUUACUGUACAUUAAAUUGCAGACAUUUUUACAUUUUCUCAUAUUGUUUCCAUUGAUUGGUCCAUCAAUCCAAUUCACUGUUAUUUUAUCUAGUUUGAGAGAGUUUGUACAACUUAAUGCAACCAGAAAGUUGUCUGUUGGAAAGCUACCAAACUAGAGCUAAAUGUUAGUAAUUGUUUUCACAACUCAGAACGCAUAGAAGAUUCUUAUUCUGUCAGAAGCAGUGGAACUCAAAACAGGAAGUAUCCCCAUGUUAACACUCACCUCUGAUUUGUUGGUACAUUAUUGGCUACAAUAGAGGUGAAAAAUAUUAUUAAAUGGUUUUCAGUAUUCAGCAUUUCAGUAUACACCAAAUAACUUAAUUGCUAUGUUUUUAAACAGAAUUAUUAUUAUUAUGACUAUUAAAGUUCUUUAUUGACUGAACAAACUAAUGUUAUGGUUAUGGUUUGGAGUGAUGGUAAAGUUAAGUACGUUUAAAUGUCUUUUUGUAAAUGCUUAUUUUUCCAUAAAUUCUAUUUUAGGUGUUCAGUGCCACAGCGUAAAUAAAUGCUUAUUCUUGUCAACUGACAAAACAGUAUGUAGUUGUAUUGUGACAAAGUCAUGGGUUAACCUCUUAAAAGUAGGCGAAAGGGCUUUAAAGUAAUUCAUAUACAUUUGAAUUGUAGAUGGUUUUAAGACUUAAUUAUUUAUGUAUUUGAGUGCAAAAGUUAAAAAGCGUUAGAAAGCAUCCCAACUGUGGUAAUUCAGACAUCAGAUUAAAUUGUCAUGAUUAUAUAUUUUAUUUUAAAGCAGCUUCGCUGUUAAAGCAUAGUGAAAAUGAUUUGUUAUCUACUCUAUGCCUACCUACAGCAUAGUGUAAAGUAAUGGUAUUCUCAAACUGCCCCUGUCGAUCAAACAGUUGGUCAUUCACUAUCGGCUUCACCCCUUGAAUCUUAAGAACACAUGUCAUUAGCUCUUUUUCUUCUAACUCCUGCAGAAAUCUAUAGUCUAAGUUGUAUUCCUGUUCAUUCCUGCCUCACAGCUUGCCCCUCACCCCUUUCUAACAGAAAGGACCCUUACAUACGUUAAUGCUUUUAUCCCUUUCUGAGGUUCUGUCAUGUUUCCAAUUUGAAUCUUAUGUACAAAACAGUGUGGCUGACUGGAUGGAUGGAUGGACUUGUGUAACCAAUCAACAUGAUACUGAGUCGAUUGCAGUGUUGCCUACUUGGUCCAAAACUUUUGUAUUGCUUUCAGAUGGUUGAUGUUCUGGAAUAUUGCAGGUGUCUAUUUGCUGACAGAUCACAACCCACCAGUGGUUUGCUGGUGUUUCUUCACAUAGAAGUACUGAUAUGGUAAAACACAUCACAAGAUUAGUGCUCACUAGUAGGCACACUGCAAUCCACCCGGUUUGCCUUAGCUUAUGUAACCCGGGCAUAGACACUCCUGCUAGCCUGACCUUCAGCAAGUUUGUGGGGCCUGCAGCAGGCUCUGAGUGCUGCAGGUCAUCUGAGGACCAUUCUUUUUCUAUUCUACCCAAUGACUGUACUCUGUUUGACUUCCUGUAUGUGCAAAGAUGUUUAUCCUUUUGGUAUAGAUUGUUCCAGAUGGCAGUUUAAGCAAUAAAAAGGUAAAAUUA